CGUGCCCAGAUCCUGAAACGCUGCACAGCCUGCAUAACUAAUAUCUCAAGCGACGGAAGGAGCCUUGGCACUUCUCUCCAGCCUCAUGUUAGUUCAGUCAACGAGGACAGAUAUCUAAUCAUGGAUUUACGCCUCCCAAAUGGUGUCUGGAACUUGAACUGUGUCUUCGAUGGGCAUGGAGGGCAUGAAACAGUUGACCACCUUAUCUCCGAAUUGCCCUCCCUUUUAAUGGCUGGAUUGUUGCCCACAGCGACCGACUUGGAGGGCGUCUCAGAUGUUCUCACCAGGGCGAUUUUUGAAGUGGAUGAAGCAAUAAAACGGGACUUUCUCGAAAUAUUCCCUGAACAAGUCGACGAAAUCGCUACGAUGUCAGAUAUAGCAGUCAAAGCGCGGGUCAACGACCAGUCUUCCGGAGGACUUAAUUAUCAGAAAGCCCUACGUUGUUUGAGGGGAUCUACAAUCUUAUUAACGCUCGCCGACCCUACGAGGAAACAUCUUUGGGUGCUAAAUCUCGGUGAUGGCUUAGUAGUGCUCGGAAGUAGACGAGACGCGAGUUCACAAUGGAAUGCAUCCAUAUUGAACGACAAUCGCAAUGGCAACAACCCUGCUGAGGCCGAUCGCAUCAAAAGGUAA